GAACGACGGGUUUGAGGAUGGGUGAUUCCCGGCCUACAGAUAUUUCAUGGGAUCGGCUGGACAAACCUCGGUUCUUUGCAUGGGGGACGGUAUGCUUUUUGGCAGUGAGGUCCUUGACCUAUCCGGUAUCCCUCGUGAAAACGAGGGUACAAGUUGGAAAUAAGAGACAACGAUUCCAGAGCAUUAAAAUGCUUUCAAAGAUUGUCAGAUUGGAGGGAGUGAGAGCACUGUAUCAAGGGUUCACCGUAACAGCUCUAGGAACACUCCCGGGCCAAAUGAUUUAUCUCUCUGCCAUGGAAUCAACAAAACUUGUAGUGUCCACAACAUGUCGAAAGAUGCUAGGCUGGGACGAGAACCGAACCGCACUCGUGAGUGGGUUGCUGGGAGGUGGAGUGGCAAGUUUGUCGACGCAGAUUGUGAUGGUACCUGUUGAUGUCGUGUCGCAACGAUUGAUGAUACAAAAACGUCAUCAUCACAAAAUGGACGUACCAUCCUCUACCUCUACCUCUCACCCAUCACCCCCAUUAACAACUGGCCGCGCACUCUUCCUACACAUUCUCCAGACAGAAGGUCCAAGAGGCCUUUACAAAGGCUUUCUAACCUCUAUUCUCACAUAUGCUCCGUCCUCUGCAAUAUGGUGGGGCACCCAGUCCCUCUGUAAAUCCGUGCUGGGGCCGCUCGUGCCGGACCGGAACGCUGCUUUUGUGGCAGUGUCAGCUGCUAGUGGCCUCGUAGCCGGGUUUGUUGCCGCUUCAUUUACGACUCCUUUGGACGUUAUAAAAACCCGUAUCCAAACGGUCACUCCCUCGCAUCGGUCCGAACUGGAUCUCCUUACUAAUACAUGCCGCACGCUGUGGCAAACACAAGGGUGGAAGGGGUUCACAAGAGGUAUGGGGGCGCGGAUGGUAAAUAUGGGUAUGACAUCGGUGUUGAUGAUUGUCACAUACGAGACCGUUAAAAAGCUCAGUUAUAGAGAGACUCAAGCGUAAUUAUUUAAAACUAGAUUGGGACCUUACUAUGGAGGCCAUGAACGGAUUGACGUGGACGGGGACUCUCAUAAUCAUGUCAGAAUGCAGAGUUCAAAUACUCGCAUAAUGCACCCCUCAUGUAUGGAAACUGGAACCACAUGUUUUAUACCAUGGAAAAAAACAGUGCUUUAAAGGCAAGCCCACCAUCUCUACUCCAAGCCAACACAGGGGACCAAAGAACUCACAUCCCCACCGCGGAAACACCCAACUCACAACGGGAAGGUAAACACUGCAAUA